AUGACAUUCAAGACGUUAUGGCUGCCAAGGGCAAUCCUCGGAGUGAGAAAGUUGACAUUGACCUGGACGAAGCGUAAGUACUGUUAUCCAGCAAGGCAAUAUCUGUUGCUGAGGGUUUCGUGCUUUAGACUACGUGUCAAGAUCAAGACCAUUGGCGAGAAAUUCGAGACGCGGGAAGUGCAUUACAAGUCACUCUUGCGCAGCAAGGACGCGGAGAUACAGAGCCUCACUGCUAAGUAUGAAGAGCAACGCCGUGCUGCCGAGAACGAGGCCGCUCGCUGUCGGGCUUUAAGUUCACAAGUUUCUACGUUUUCACAUACCGAGGCCGAGUUACGCAGCCAGCUCAACAUCUACGUGGAGAAGUUCAAGCAGCAACGAAUUGUUUCUGACUUUUCGCAAAGAAAUGGAAGAAAUGUCGAAAAAGACGAAACGCUUGGAAAAGGAAAAUCUCACCCUCACCCGUAA